AUACCGAGACAUAAACACACUUGUUAAAAUCAUCUAUCUGAGUUUGUUUUUAUCUUGUAAUGAGCGAACACAAGUAAUUUUUUUCGAAGUGUAAAAACGAUCAGAAUUAAAUUAAUCUAGAUGUGUCGUAGUUUAUUGACGAAAAUUAGCUGGUUAGUUAAAUGUUUAAAAAGUCAUAUUUUAUUUUGUGCUUAUCGGUAUUUGCUUCUCGCCUUGCCUUGUGUGAAUUUUUAGGAAGCAAAAGCGAGAGUGAAUGACUGAACGAGACCGCUUUCUAUACGUACUCAACUCUGUACUGUAGGGCCUAGAUCUAGAUCUAACUGUUGUCGUCGGUGUGCUGAAGAAGAAAUUCUGAAAUGGCACGCUUAUUUCUGUUGUUUUGUGUAUGCCUUUGCAUUCUUACAUGUUAUUCGAAGGGUAAACAGGAGAAAGAAAAAGAGGACGAAUCGCAAAAAUGGAAAAAGAAGGACAUUCGAGAUUACAACGAUGCAGACCUGGAACGUUUAUUCGAACAGUGGGAGGACGGAGAUGAAGACGAACUUGAGGAGGACGAGCUCCCAGAAUGGAAGAGAGAGCCGCCCAAAGUGGACAUAUCCAACAUUGACCCCAAUGACCCAGAAGGUUUCCUCCGAGAGUCUAAGAAAGGCAGGACCCUAAUGAUGUUUGCCACCGUCUCAGGAAACCCCACAGAGGCAGAGUCGGACAAGGUCAGCAGUCUCUGGCACAGCAGCUUAUUCAACGCUCACAUAGACACACAGAGAUAUGUGGUGGGUGACAACCGGGUGCUUUUCAUGCUCAAAGACGGGUCCAAAGCAUGGGAGGUUCGAGACUUUCUCAUCAAACAGGAGCGUUGUGCGGAGGUCACCAUCGAGGGUCAGAGUUUCAAAGGAGCCGGAGCUGAGGAGAAAGACGAAAAGAAACAAAAACCUCAAACAGCCAAGAAGCAAAAGAAAGAAGAAUUGUGAUGAUGGUGCAGAGUUAUGGAUUCAAGACAGCUGAAGCUGCCAUUGUGCAGUAGUCUCCACCUUAACGCAUGGUACAUAAGGGGGGGGGCUCCUGCCUAAGUGUGUGUUUUUAUGGAGCAUACUUUUUUGUGAAUGCGUGCAAAAGGGGCAAGGGACACACAGUCAUCUCAUUUCCUAGGUAAUUUACUCAUUACUGUUGCCUCCCUUUGGGGAUGGGGAUCACUGACUGUCACUGAUAAAGGGAUAAAAAGUGACUGUUUAAUAAAGGUUUCCCCAUGCGGGGUUACAUUGAAUGAAAUUUGGAAAAGUAGCAGAAAGACCAACUCACUGUACUGAUGUGCACUAAUAUGUCAGGAACAGAUAAAAGGACACUGUUGGGGGAGAGCACUCAGCCAUGCGGCUUUCCAGGCGACCACUCCAGACUCCCUGUCAUCUGUUACGAACCAGUAAAUGCAUGGAUGACAUCAGAUGUUCUGAGAGAUUUUUCUCUAGCUAUUCAUUGAACAAGUACUAUAAGUUCUCGGAGCCAACUGUUGAUCACUUGACUGUGCAUUUAGAGGAGGUGUGGGUGAUUAGCAAGUGCUCUGGUGUGGUUCGCUCCUUCUUUCCUAUCAAACAUUUAUUUUCCUUUCUCUCCUUUUGUGUAUUUGUUACUCUCUGGUAAAACCUCUGAUCUUUGGCACUUAUAUGCCCUAAUUGUGGUGUAAAACUCUUACAAAAACAAAAACAUCAGAGGAACUGGCAGUGCGUUAGCGUGUCUAAUAAUUUUAGAAAACCUGUUGAAUGAUGGAAGCCUGCUUUUGAGCAGAGUGAGCCUUUCUUUGUAUGGUGUGCGUUCAGGCGGAGACUACUGUAUUGUUGACCUCUGGGCUUUAAGGUGCUUUGCAUAUUACAUUGUCCUGUGUGUAUGAUGUUUUUAUGUUGUCACAGAUGGUGGUGGAAAUUGUGGGGAUUUGUUUUUGUUGGUGUUUGAUAAUCACAGUGACGAUGAAAAGUGAAUGAGAGAGAGGUGGAGAGAGCCAGAAUUAUGACUUGCAAGUUACUAGAUAUGCAUAGCUUCCAACCAGUUCUUUAAAAAAACGUAUUUAAUAUGUUUUUGGGGUUCCGAGUACACUAAUGUGAUUUCAUAUUGGAAAAUAAUAUAUUACAGUAUUCUCUGUGUUCUAGUGCUGCUUUUCCCAAACUUGCAGAUACUGAUGAAAGAUGAAUUUAUUAAGUACCAGUAUAAGACUGACUUUGCGAUUAAUGAUGAGGGAAGAUCUUUUGCUGUGUGUCUUCUGUUAUAGCUUGAGUGAACUGAAUGAAUGCAGAACAGUGGGAAGGUUUGAUGGUGGGUUGCUCGGCCAAUGCCCUCCAUCUUGACUCACAGCUUGGGUAGAAUCUGUUUAUUUGGUUUUAAAAAGUCAGCAGCUAUGGUUAUGAUUUAUAGAUAAUACCUCAGUAUAAACCAGAUGUAAUUGACAGAGAGAGAUUGAAAGGAAAGACAGUGAGAGAGAGAACCAUUUGUGCUGAAAGGGUUUACAUUUUAUAUCAUGUGAUGAUGAUGGCACCUGUGGCUAACUAGGCCCCCCCAUGUGCAUAUAUCAGAAAAUGCUGUUUUCACUGAGUACAAGUGAAUUGUAGAUAUAAUUCAUUCUGUUACAUCAUUUUGUGUCGCUUCAGAUGUUGCACGUAUGACUCGUUGACUGCUGUGUCUUGUCCUUUAUUUUGUCUUGACUUUUGUCUUCUGUUGGCAGCGAUCUUUUGCCAUCUGUUCCUACCGGCUUCUGAGAGUGAUGUUUUGCCAAUGUAUGAAAAGGAACACCCAUGAACACAUGUUAUUUGUCCCUUAAGAAUCAUCAUGCAUCAUCCUUCAACUUCCUGAAUUGUAUGAUCUUUAUUAAAGUAAUUUAAAUUUGCUGUGCAGCACCGCUAGUUGACUGGCCACACACAGCAUACGGCACAUGUACCCUCUUGGCAGCUGUGCAGCGAUAAUCUCCUUUUCUCCUGCCCACGACUCUGCAAGCCAACAAUUGACACAUGGUGGAAGCCGGAAGACUCUCUCUUCAAGUUUGGGACAGAGGGAAAUAACCCAUGGUAACAUUAUCCUCAUUUGGUCAUAGCAGAAUACUUUCCCAAGACAUGGAGCAGUCAGUGCUAUAUAUUAACACAAGACUAUUAAAACCCCAUUAUACUGCCUGCCCCACUUCACUGCCAACUUCAGUCUCAUCCUCCUAAGGUUGGUGAAAUUGCAGGAGUUGACUGUACUUGUGUUGUGAUAUAGUGUUCUAAGCAUGUUUCUAC